GGAGGCGUUGGCUACAUCGUCAUCGAUGGGUCAGCGGUUGCCCUUGGAACGCUCUCUGAAAAUGGACUAAAAGUCCACCACCAUGAGAACGUGGACAUUCCAAAAAAGCACGGCAGAGGUGGCCAGUCCGCUCCCAGGUUCCAGCGCAUCCGCCUGGAAAAGAGACAAUUGCUGGUGAAGAAAGUAAUUGCUCUCAGCGAAGAUUAUUUUCUGAAUGAAAAUAAGGCGACCGUGCAGGUUCAGGCCCUGGUGGUAGGGGGUCCUGGUCAGCUGAAGGACCAAUUGGUUGAGCGUCUCCCUCAGCUCUUGAAGAGUGCUGGAGGCGUUGGCUACAUCGUCAUCGAUGGGUCAGCGGUUGCCCUUGGAACGCUCUCUGAAAAUGGACUAAAAGUCCACCACCAUGAGAACGUGGACAUUCCAAAAAAGCACGGCAGAGGUGGCCAGUCCGCUCCCAGGUUCCAGCGCAUCCGCCUGGAAAAGAGACAAUUGCUGGUGAAGAAAGUAAUUGCUCUCAGCGAAGAUUAUUUUCUGAAUGAAAAUAAGGCGACCGUGCAGGUUCAGGCCCUGGUGGUAGGGGGUCCUGGUCAGCUGAAGGACCAAUUGGUUGAGCGUCUCCCUCAGCUCUUGAAGAGUGCU